AGGUUUUAUCUCUUUCUUUUUCUGUUCUUCGUCUUCUCCCAGUGGCAUCAUCACUGAAUUGUACAUGUUAUUUAUGAAGAAAAUCACUGAAAUAUAUGAUCAUAAAAGGUUUGAUGAGAUUGUAGACUAGAUUGGAUUUAGAUCUCUUGUUGAUUGAAGGAAUUUGAAAUAGGAAGAACUAGGGUUAGGGUUUGUGGAGUUAAUUUCAAGUUUGGGUGAAAUUGAUGAUGAAAAUCAAGUAAUCAAGGAAGUGUACCAGAAAAUAGUAAGUCAUUUCUUUCCCUCCCUGAUUUCUUUCUCUUUUUCCAUUAGGAUUUAGUAGUCCCCAUAUCUAAAUAUAGACCAUGUGACAUUAGGGGUGGGGCUUACGACACAAUUGAUAUAAAGGGAAAGUUCAGUAAUCGCUUAAAGAAACUCUAUGACCAUUGGAAAGAUGAUAAGAAUGCUCCCCUUUGGCAUAAUUCGGAUGUUCUCGUUAUUGAAACAAGUCCUUCUUCUAAAUAUUAUAUGUCGUCUAAAUCUUCGGCUUUAAAUGUUUGGUUAUUCGGGAUUGAAUUCCCGAAUACUACUAUCAUUUUUGGAAAAAAAGCGAAUCCAUUACUUAUGUAAUGACCAAGAUUUAAUCAUAUUAUUAAAAGAGGCUACCUAUGAUUCAGCAAAAGCUAUGUCUGACCCAACAACAAAGGAUAGAGAUCGUAAUGCGCAGAUUAAACAAAUUGAGAAAAUUUGUAUGUCUGUAAGGAAUAGUGUAAGGAAUAGAGCAGGCCAAGAUAAAUCCACUGUUGUUGGACAUAUACCGGGAGAGUUUGCUGGGAGUUUCUCUAAAUGGUUUUCUAGAAUUAAUCCAAACGAUAUAAAAAUGACCCAGGUUGAUGUUUCCAAUGGAUUUGCUGAUUUGAUAUGUGUCAAAGAUAUAUUUGAAUGUGGAAAUAUGAAGAUGGCUGGAGCAGUGAUUAGUGAUGUCAUGGAUACGUUUGUACCAAGAAAUCUGAAGAAUAUUGUCACUGCACAUGAUCAAAGUAUUUCUCAUUCAAUGUUACCAGAGCUGAUUGAAAACGCGAUACUUGACCAAGCACAAAAGCUUCAAAAGAUAAAGGUCAAGAUAAAUAAGCUGAACAUGGUGGGGGUGGGGGUGCCACUUAGCCCAACAGAAACGAUACUUCAACAUAUAAAACCAGAAAAGGUUCGUUCCUGCUGUCUUCCCGUCAUCAUACAAAGCAAAGAUGAAACCCAUUUAUCACCUGGUAUUGAGAAUGUUGUAUCAUGUUGUGCUGUGUCUUCAUAUGGGAGUUACUGCUCCUUUCUCGCAAGAACGUAUCUAUUCGAUCCCAAUCAACGUCAGUUGCAUGCUUACGGAUUUCUUUUAAAGGCCCAAGAGGAAGCAAUUGCUGCUCUACAGCCGGGAAGGAGGAUUCGAGACGCUUAUAAUUCGGCCAUGGAUGUAGUUGUUAAAGAAGAUAUUUUUGGGUUUGUUAAAUACAUGGAAAAUACAUUUGGGAUGGGUAUUGGUAUUGAGUCUAGUGAAAGGUAUCUCAAACUAAAUGGCACAAAUGAGGUCAUUUUAAGAACAAAAAUGGUUUUUAGGGUGGCUGUAAACUUGAAAAAUGUGCCAUUGAUGAAUGAGAAAGUGUUUUUUUCGAUGGUUCUUGGGGAUACGAUAAUUGUCCCUGAAAAGGGUGAGGUGCCUCGUGUUGUUACUUCUUUGAGCCAAAAGACAAUUGAAAAAGUCGUUUUCAGAUCGAAAGAGGAGUCAGAAACAGGAAAUCAGGAACUAGAAGAACAUGCAAGGAAAAAGCUCAAACUCGGUGAUGUGUUUCAGGCAAUUUCAGGGGAGCAUGGAGAAAAUCAAAUGCAGCCUUAGCUUCUGAUCAAGGAGAAGCUGAAGUUUUUUUGUCUGCAGCCAUAUGGGGUUUAGAAUUAAAGCUGCAGAAGGUGUGUUUUGAAGAGCACUGUGAGGGAGUGAGUAUUCCACGCAUCUCGUUGCUCUACUCUCUCUAAUGCUUCUUUUUUUACCCAGCCUCUUAUUUUUCAAUGUAAAAAAGCGUACUUCUACUUUUCAGUUCUCUUCUUGUAACUAUGCUAAGAGAACUUACAACUUGGUGCUGAUUCCAUUGCCAGUAUGGCGGGAAAACAUGGUGUAACUGGAACUUGGAUUGAUACCGGCCCCCAAUCAACAUUUUUGAAUUUCGUUAAAUGGAUGUCAUUUUCUGCUU